AUGUGCUACUUCCACGUUCCAGAUUUCUGUUCUCAUUGGGUGGGUGGGUGGGGACCGCACAAACAUGCAGUGUUGUCCAGUAGUUUGUUGCUCGCUACUCUUGCGGCGAGCUCGGUUACGGCCGCGGUAGACCAGGCGUGCGCGACCAAAGAGGCCAAGCUCCCGCAUGAACAGCCCGUACAUGAUAUGGAUACAGCAGCCGACGUUAAGGAACACGCGGUAGCAGCACGUCUGGAUACUGACGCCAACAUGCCAACGGAUCGGCAACCCGUUGCCAGCUUGCCUGCCGCCUCUAUCCUCGCCUUUGGGCAGAAAGGCAUACUAUCACUGACAGCGCUUCCUUUGUGCGUCGAUCCUGCGGGUCGUAGACGCACUCGAGCGUGUCUAACACUACGUGCACCUUUGCUGAGACCGCGGGCAGCUGCGCAGCGCCAAUAA